AUGUCGUCGCCGGCAGCGACCGCGCCGUCCUCCUCGGGCGCGACGCAGCCCCAGCCCCAGCCCCGGCCCACGGAGCAGCAGGGAGGCUCGAGGGAGCGGCGGAUGGAGUCGCUGGGGUGGCUGACGGAGUCAGCGGUGAUGCCGAAGAAGCACAAGGCCAUCGAGGGCGUCGGCGCCGCCUCCAUCCUCGACCUCAAGGCCCAGCUCUACCGCACCCAGGAGGAGGCCCGGAACCCCACCGCCCCCGGCGCCGUCGCGGCCGCUGCUUCUGGUGGGGAGUUCCGCCGCGCAAAGAUACGCUCCGCACCCACCGACCCCCUCGGGGCCAAGAACUCCGGCGUUGAAUCCCGGGCUCACAAGGAUAAGCUGGAGCUUAAAGCCGUGAAAGACGGUUCUGCGAGCUAUGCUGCUCUAGAAAAGAAAGCAGAGUUGUAUGAAAAAUUAUCCAGAGGUGAGCUACCUGAUGAAGAAGACAAAGAGAAAUACUGUGUGGAUUUCUUCCAAAAAAGUUUCGAUCGUGUCUAUGAGCCUCAGAUGUCAGAGAGUAGCCACAGAGCCACUGAUGAUGCAGAGGCAGUAAAUGAUCAUGAAGAUUCUAUGCCUAAUGCGAAACCGUUGGGCCUUGGCCGAGCAGGUACUACAAUCGACAGAGAUGAGCACAAGCGCUUUGUGAGGGAAGUUCAUGAGGAAGUAACUGAGGCAAGGCAGAAGGCUUCAACAGUAAGAUCUCGACGACAAGAACAGGAUGCUGCUCGUAGAGAGAAACUCAGGCAAGCUUACCUGAAGAAACGGUUGGAGAAGUUGAUUGCCGAAAAACAGGCCUCUUCAGCUAGUGAUGACCUACCCAGCUAG